CUUCAUCUAUGACAGACGACAUGUUUAUGAUUAAAGUAAAUAUGGGUCGCAAUGUCUUUAAAAAGCAGGAGAUUCAGUAAAAUACGUAAUUGUGAUUCUUAAAUAGUUUGAAGCAUAUUUACUUGUAAGAGUUAUUUAUUUUACAUCAAUUUAAGAACUAAGUGAUAGUACCAUGAUUUUGUUUAAAAGUAGAACAGACGAAGAUCCUCUUAAUGCAAUAUGGUGAUCUACCCUAAAGACCGCGCUUUUGUGGGAAAUAUUUCGAUAAACAUCUUGUCCACUUCGCAGAAAAAGUACAAAAACUUUUUUCUUGCAAUUUUGCUGAUUUCUGCCUUGAUAGUUGGUAGUCUGCCGUUCAUAAAUUUCUCAAGCAUUGAGUCCAAAAAGUUUCAUAAAAUUAAACUCGACAUCGUUAAUCAUCCCCCUAUAGUGAAUGUAAAACGAAGUGCCAAUGUGGAAAACCCUAGGAAUGCAGAAUGUACCCACUGGGACUGUUUUAACAUUUACCACUGUGGACAUACCGGUCACGACCGAAUAACAGUUUAUGUAUAUCCUUUAGAGAAAUAUGUAGACGAAAAUGGAGUGCCUGCAGUUGAAAGUGUCUCCAACGAAUAUUAUAGUUUAGUGAAGAGUAUUGUGGAGUCCAAAUAUUACACAGCCAAUCCGGAGGAAGCUUGUCUAUUUGUUCCAUUCUUAGAUACUUUGAAUGAGGAUAGAAUUGACUUGAAUCUGACUUCCGUAGUCUUAAAUCAGUUGCCUUCAUGGUCAAAUGGAGAAAAUCACAUUAUCUUCAACAUGAUUUCUGGCAAGGCACCGAAUUUCUACCCUGUGCUGGAUUUGCAAUUGGGAAGCGCAAUGAUAGCUGGAGCAGGCUUCCAUACACAUAGUUUUAGGCCAAAGUUUGAUAUCGCCAUUCCAGUGUUUAGUCCGAUUGCAAAACUUGCUCAAGUUGAUAAGAUUGACCAUCCCAGAACUUGGAAGCUUGUUUCAUCUCAAUUAAACAUUGAUCCUUAUUUCUUGGAUGAACUAAACAUUCUUAAUAAGCAUCACCAUGGGGAAAUAUUGAUCAUGGACCACUGCAAGGUCAGGAGCUACACGAGCCGUUGUCAGGUGGUUUCUAUGACCAAGUUUGAGUAUCCAAAAGUACUAAAAAACUCCACAUUUUGUUUGGUAUUUCGAGGACAGAAAAUGGGCCAAUUUGUCCUGUUGGAAGCCAUGGCUGCCAGCUGCAUACCUGUGAUAAUAAUGGAUGGAUAUGUUAUGCCAUUUCAUGAUGUGAUUGACUGGAAUCGAAUUGCCAUAUUUAUAAUGGAGAGUCAUAUGAGCACCUUAAUUGACGUAAUUGACGAACUGUCGAAUAAAAAGAUUAUGGAAAUGCAAAAAUCUGUGAUGUUUGUGUACGAAAAAUAUUUUUCUUCAAUGGAAAAAAUUGCUUUAACGACAUUAGAUAUAGUCCAAGAUAGAGUCUACCGCCAUAAAGGAAGAACUUAUGAUGAACUGAAUUUAUUACCGUCUGAAAUAAAUUAUAAUCCUCUGUACUUCCCGAUAACAGCUUCGCGAUCUAUGGGUUUUACAGCGGUGAUUUUAACUUAUGAUCGUGUUCAAAGUCUUUAUACUUUGAUCGAACGGUUAGCCAAAGUUCCUAGUUUAAUGAAAAUUGUCGUUGUUUGGAAUAAUCAGAAAAAGGAUCCUCCUUCUAUGUCACAAUUUCCAAAGAUUUCAAAAGCAAUGAACAUUAUUAAAACCAAAGCGAAUAAAUUAUCAAAUAGAUUUUAUCCUUACCGGGAAAUAGAGACUGAGGCGAUUUUACACAUUGACGACGAUAUAGUAAUGUUAACUUCAGACGAAAUUGAAUUUGCCUUCGAAGUUUGGAGAGAGUUUCCAGACCGAAUUGUCGGGUUUCCUUCAAGAACGCACUUGUGGGACAAUGUAACCAACUCAUGGAAAUACGAGUCAGAAUGGUUAAACGAGAUUUCUAUGGUUUUGACUGGAGCAGCUUUUUUGCAUAAAUACUGGAGUUAUUUGUAUACGGUCACAUUGCCAUCCAAUAUAAAAGACUGGGUAGAUGAUAAUAUGAAUUGCGAAGAUAUAGCCAUGAAUUUUCUGGUAGCAAACACUACCAACAAACCUCCAAUAAAAGUGACACCGAGGAAGAAGUUCAAAUGUCCAGAAUGUGUCAACAAUGAAAUGUUAUCGGCUGAUAUAGGGCACAUGGUAGCUAGAUCGCAAUGCGUUGAUCGAUUUACGAAGAUUUUUGGCCGCAUGCCCUUAAAAUCAGUCGAAUUCCGAGCAGAUCCCGUUUUGUUCAAAGAUGUAUUCCUGGAGAAACUAAAACGUUUCAAUAAUAUAGGUAGUCUGUAAUUAUGUGAUGUCUAGGAUUAUGAGUUUGCCCUGUAUUAUUGUUUAUAUUUGUCUAUGCAGCUCGAACUAGUGUUUAUAAUACAGUAAUGUAUGGAACAGAAAGGUUGCAGAGCCUGUUCGGUUUGCCGAAACUUCCGGAUUACAGAAUUUCUAAUAAAUGAUAUCUAUAAUUCGAACACCUUCGGUAUAUAAAUACCCAAGUAGGUGCCUUUCUUAACCGUAUAAGGGGGUACAUACUAUGUAUCACAAAAAACACUCAAUGGCCUUUAUUUAAAAAUAUUUAUUUUUAAUGAAAUCUAAAUAAACAAAAACUUUUAUAUAUACUCCCUACGCUAUAACUAUGGUCGCACGUCAUCAAUCGUCUGUCGAGCGCUUUUGCGGUACCCGCCAUAAAUUAUACAGAGUAACCGCCGCCAUCGAUAUCUGGCAAACUGUAAUUCGGAGAUGUUUGAAAAUUUCAGUGUGCCGAAGGAAUUGGGGCAAGCGAUCUAAAGUAUUUUCAAGAUGACCACACUUCCGGUUAUACCGGAAGUAUGUUUCAACUUGCUUAUUUGAAAUGGAAUAUAUUACAUUUUUAAAUUCUACUCUCAAUUCUAAAUAUAUUUCAUGGGUAAUAUCUUAGUCUAACCUAUUAUACCUAAGUCUAACCGAUUUUGAUAUAUUUGAAAUUUUAUGUAAAAAAUUUGAGUUGCAGCCAUUUGAUUAACUAUUCAUUCCUCCUAUAAGGGAAUAUGUAUAUAAUCGUUGAAAAGGACUUACUUUCAGGGAAUUUCGACAUUUGAUAACUAUUAGUACAAAGUGUUAAAAAAUUAUUAGGAUAAGUUUGUGUUAAGUUGUCUAUUACAAAAGUUUUUAGUUUUCGAAAUAUUGUCAAUUAAAUGUUUUUCAUUACUAUUUUGUCGCAUCUCAUUUUAAAUGCAUUCACUCUUAGUUGCCAUGACGGGAUUUUCCAUUUUCAAAACAAGAAAAUGCUAAAGGAAUAUUUGCACUUACCGUUUGAAAAUAAUUAAUAAUUAUGCCUGGACGCUUAAAUUAUUUGAACUUAUUAUUUAUGGAAAAUGUGAUAAAGUUAUAUAAAGAACAUCUGACACAUUUGCCAUUCGAUAUCCACAAAAACAGAAGCCUUCAGGCUGUGCUGUUAAACAAAUUAUAGAAAAUUUCAAGAAUUUUGAAUACGUCUAAAUAACAGUGCAUUGUUCUAUUUAUCAGGUCAACUAGAAGCUGUAGAACUGUAGCUUAAAAAAAACUUGUUUUUGUUCUUGAUAUAAUUAUAAUGGAUAUAAUCGGUAUUUACGUAACCAGUAGGAUAUGACUACUAUUAACAUAAGUGCGUUACUAAUAUAUUAUCCUACGUGUUACGUACAAUAUUUUAUCUACAACUAUAAUGAUUAUUUAAGUAAAAACAAUUAGUUAUAAAAUCGAAUACAGAACACACGUAAUAAAAAUUUGUCAUUGUCAUGAGAAUCAUUGUCAAAGUUGCGUCUUAAAAUUAUACCUUUUCUAAUGAGUUCCAGCGAUGAUCUGCCAUGUGUAAUUGAGAACGAAGCUUUUAAUGUUGUUUCGGAUCUUGUGCCAGGGAAGCCACGGAAGAAAUAUCGGGAGGCUUUUGAUCGGUACCAUAAAUGGUCCAGUGAACGAGGUACCUACUCAACUUAACAAGCGCGAAUGGAUAUUAGUAUAUUUUAACAAAGUAAGCAAAAGAGAUAAACCCUCAUCCCUUUGGUGCUCGAUGUUCUUUGAGUGUGUAUCUUCCGUUCACUGCGCCAUUUCUGGUACUGAUCAAAAGCUUCUUGGCAUUUACUUCUUCCGUGAUUUAUCUGGCACAAGAUCCGAAACAACAUUUAAAGCUUUGUUCUCAAUAUCAGAUGGCAGAUCAUCGCUUGAACUUAUUUUAAAAUGUGCAAUUUUAAGUCACAACGUUGACAAUAAUCGACAUAUUUAUUACCACACUAUUGCGGUAUUAAACAUCAUUAUGACAUUUGAGAGGGUGCCAAGUCAUAGUGAUUUUAUAACAGUUGUAGAUAAUACUAACUAAUAAUAUACAGCGUGUAACAAUGAUUUAGGUUCACCCACUUCUUUCGCCUUAACUCAAAAACUACCGAACCAAAUUAGCUCAUCUUUUUAGGAAAUAUGGUAUAUGGCCAGUAAACUUGUGGCGAAUGUCAUUUAGACAGCUUUUCUUUCAAACACACAAUCAUUGUUUUUUCAAAUGUACGAAUUAUCAGACAGUAACAAUGAUUUAGGUUCACUUGUAAAAAUCGUAAGUUUAUUUAAUUUUGUCCUGAUUUUUUUUGUUUUAUAGUGUUAUUAGCACGUUUUUAGAGCGUGGGAAAGGCAAAAGUAUUAAAUUACGAGGUGAAAAGUAGAGCCCGAGCUUAUAAACAAGUUGGAAUGACCCAUCGUGAAAUUGCUCAGCAGAUUGGCCAUUCUCUCAACGUUGUGAACAAUUUGUUCCGAUUAGGCGACGAAUACGGAAAGAAGAAGGCUCCGGGAAGAAUCCCAAUUCUCUCGGCACGCGCAAAAAGACGGAUUAGAGCUGCAGCAGCAAAUUCAACCAAGGGAACCCGGCGGCUUCAGAAAGAAUUUGCGCCAAAUGUGUCGCAUGAAACGGUCUGGAGAGCUUUAAAAGAGUACCCCAAUCUUUAUUAUGAGAAAAUGAAGUCGACUCCAUCGCUAAGCAAAAUCAGCUUCUAAGUUCUAAAUAAGCUUCUAAAUGAUCAAGAGUUCUUUGAACAGAGUUCUUGAUGCCGACUAUCUUCUGUCGAAUUCUUGUUAGAAGAAUAAGUUUAAUAAGUUAAUUGGCCUUCGCAAUCGGAGUUGUGAUUUUCUCCUGUAAUAUUAGCAACGAUCUCUUCAUCUUCUGAGAUUUUUAUACCUAAAUUUUAAUACUCCAACCAAGACAUUUGAAGGAAAAAGAGUUUCCAUGGACUUGCUUUUAAGAUUCCGCUAACGCAAACACAUUAUUUUUCAGCGACACGUUCUUCAAACGAUGCACAAUGUUUUAUCUUCUUGUAAAAGUACCUCCUGCUGUAAUCUUUUACGAUAUAUGUAACUUACAUUUUGGAUCACAUCCUGGUUUAUCAGCUAAAUCAGGGCGUUUCAAUAGGGUACUUACAUAAAAUUUAUUUUUGAUUGCGAACAUACUAGAAUUCAAGCUUUGUUGCAUAUAAGUACACUACAAAAAAAAAUCCCAAAACGCCGGCACCACGCGAACCAAAUGGCGUUCUGGCGCGCUAAAUACAAUUUGAAAUUUAUUAUGCUUACCUUGAAAGUAAUGUAAAAUCGAAAAAAAAUUGUAGAAGAGUUAGUUGACCACAAAUGAACAAAAAUGUGAAUGAACAACAUUACUUGAAUAUUACCGUCAUGGUUGGCAGUUCUUGGUCUGGCCUGUGGCCUGAAGCAUUAUCCAAUAAUAAACGAGCUUUCUCUUCAAAAUUGCUGUUUCGAAGAUGCUUUCUUACGCUUUGUGCGAAUUCAUCGUGCAACCAUUCCUUGAAGAUAUCUUGAUUAAUCUUAACUUUUCUGGUUUGACACCAGACAGGUGGGUGGAUGUUUUUGAAUGGUCUUGGAUUUUUUGAUUUGCCGAUCACAAGUAAUCGCACUUUGUGUCGGCCAGUUGCGUUUGCUUAAGACACAAAUGCAAUUCGAUCUUUACUGACUUUUACACCCGGUGCACCCUUUUCGUGUGUAUGUACUGAUAUCAUUUCAGGCAGGCAGCGCCAGUAUCAACCAGAUUAGAACCUAGAAAGUGUUCCAAGGCAAUUUAGUCACUCGACAACAUCUCUCCGGUAACUUUCAGGGAGCAUAUUCCAAAUUUACGCUUGAAGCCAUCCUCUACUAGCUUCGAAGUUGACUCCUUCGCCAUAUUUAAUUUCUGUGAAAUACUGGCUUCCUGGCCCUAUUUCAGUACGCGACACAUAACAAGGAAUUUCGGUUUUAUCUUUCUUGAUAUCGAAUAUUGUUGACUUGUCGAAAUUAAAGCGUACAGCCAGAGACGUGACCGAACAUCGAGACUCUAGCUCACGUAAAAUUUAAGCUUUUUGUUCAAGUGUUAAUGUAACAUGGUUUCGUUUAGAAGCCAUUGUUUAAGUUGAAUAUGAACAGCCAUCAGCGUACUGACAAAACAACUAAACGGCGCGAGUUACAUAUGUAGUAUCCGCCGAUACUGCAUGGGAACCGCUGACACAGCAGCCAUCAUCCGCUGGAAGUCAUCAAGGUCCAACAGUUCACACCUGAACGUGAGAACUGUUGACAAAAGACUUUAACACAAGUUUACAUUUUUAAGUUCAGCAAUAAUUAUUUCAUUCUUGCUCUGAAUUCUCAGCUGACUAGUUGUAGUACAGAAAUAAACCUUUUUUAAAAAAGUCUGUUCGUCGUUUAACACACGCAAUUCGCGUCACCUACAUCCAAUACAACAAAAUUCAGUGUUCAGAGUAUGGAUAUCAUUUUACAAAAUUGGACAUUCGGAUUACAGUGUAGUGCGGCUCAUAGGGGGUUCCGACUAUGCAUACAUUACUGUAUUUCACUUUGGAUUUCUACUUAUUAACGAAUGGUUGUAUUCUUGUUUCUGACGGCCGAUUGCACCGCUGCAACUUAAUCCAGCGUUUAUUUAAGCCAUAGUUAGUUAUUUUAACCUGAGGUAAAAAUAUAAUGUCUUGCACCGUUGUUUUGAAGGCUAAGAUUAAAGAUAAACCAGGA